AAAGCCAACGUUCAGGCAGAUCGCUUGCCCGGUGUGUGGGAGUCAUUCUCACCCUCUCAAUUCACCUCCUCAUUUAUCCCUUAAGAUACGCCGGAUUUCAUGCCAACAUGGUUUCCCUUUCACAUCCUACUCGACGGCUGUUGACCGUCAACGUUUCAACCCUACCGCUCCGGUCGAGAACAUACCCUAGAUUGGCAUUGUAUAGGAUGGCGAGCACUGCGGCUUCAGCAUUUGGCUUAAAAGAUGGCUCACUCAUUCGUACCCAAGGAUUCAUUGACGGGAAAUGGGUGGACGCAAAGGAGGGUGGAACGGUCACCGUAACAAACCCUGCGACUCUUGAAGAGCUGGGUCACAUUCCUGAGAUGGGUCUAGCAGAAACCAGAGAGGCUAUCGACGCUGCCGCAAGAGCGUUCAAGACGUGGAGCAAAACGACUGCCAAGCAACGGCAUGAUCUUCUUUUAAAGUUCUUUGCCCUUAUGAAGGAGCACGAAGAUGACUUGGCACGAAUCAUUACCUUAGAAAAUGGCAAACCGCUUGCUGAAGCGAAGGGCGAGAAUGCCUACAGUGCAUCUUACCUUGAGUGGUUUGCUGAGGAAGCUGUCCGAACAUAUGGAGAGAUCAUCCCGUCUGCUAUCUCGAACCUACGAAAUGUUGUCGUGAAGCAGCCAAUCGGUGUCGUCUCACUACUAACUCCCUGGAACUUCCCCUCUGCCAUGAUCACCCGUAAACUUAGUGCCGCACUCGCAGCGGGCUGCACCGCAGUAAUCAAGCCACCCGCCGAAACACCUUUCUCAUGUCUUGCUCUUGUGGAACUGGCCAACCGAGCAGGCAUUCCACCAGGUGUCAUCAACGUCGUUACCACAAAUGGCAAUAUUGCGGAAGUCGGAAAGGAAUUGUGCCAAAAUCCGGUUAUAAAGAAGGUUUCCUUUACGGGAAGUACUCCGGUUGCGAAGCUGCUUACUGGAUAUGCGUCUAGUACGCUGAAAAGAAUAUCGAUUGAGGCCGGAGGAAAUGCUCCUUUCAUUGUCUUCGACGACGCAGAUAUCGAUGCUGCCGUUACAGGUGCAAUUGCUUGCAAGUUCCGAGGGUCAGGACAAACUUGUGUGUGCGCGAACCGUAUUUACGUUCAGUCAUCGAUCUACGCCGAAUUCGCAUCCCGUCUCGCCGAGAAGGUUGCUGCCUUCAAAGUUGGUAACGGUCUAGACAAGGACACCACUCACGGACCUCUCAUUCACGACAAAGCUGUCGCCAAAGUUGAGCACCACGUCGAAGAUGCCCUCUCCCGCGGUGCCCAAAUCGUUCACGGUGGCAAACGUCUUCCAGGCCCCGGAAGCUUCUUCGCCCCAACCAUCCUCUCCGACGUCCCCACGGAUGCACUCAUCAACUCCGAAGAGACUUUUGGUCCUUUGGCUGCUUUGACCAAGUUCGAGACCGAGGAAGAGGUCAUCAAAUUGGCCAAUGAUACGCCUUUCGGACUUGCUGGUUAUUUCUUCUCGAGGGAUGUUGGGCGUGUUUGGAGGGUCGCUGAGGCACUUGAGGUUGGUAUGGUUGGUACCAACACUGGUGUGAUCAGUCAGGCUGUCAUUCCAUUUGGUGGUGUGAAACAGAGUGGAUUGGGUCGUGAGGGCGGCAAAUACGGUAUCGAUGAGUACACGAACAUCAAGUACAUUGCCUUUGGCGGGUUGUAACCUGACCAUGGUAUUCCCUCCUGAUCGUUGUAUGAUAUUGAUCUAGCUAUAAUGUGCUGACAAUCAACAAAAUGUAUGUAUACCCUGACAUUUUCCCAUUAGCUAUCUAAGGAUCGACGUCAAGAAUAAACAUGCAUAGACACGCG